AUGGACGAAUAUUCACAAAGAGCUCUCGACAAUUUCACGGAAUUAUCGGGAAGCUAUGGCUACACCUCCGAGGAACAUACAGUUGUCACUGAUGACGGAUACAUUCUAUCGUUGUUCCGCAUACCGAGGGGCAAGAAAUGUCAAGGUCCGGUUCGACAGCCACCAGUUCUUCUCAUGCACGGUCUUCUGCAAAGUUCAGACGCAUGGCUGGACGCUGGUCCAUCAACGGGUCUCGCCUUCCUCAUAUCGGACUCUUGCUACGACCUUUGGGCUGGAAACGUGCGGGGCACCUACUAUGGAAGAAGGCAUGUUCGUCUAGACCCCGACAGGGAUUCGAAGUUCUGGGGGUUUUCUACCGAAGAAAUGGGAACAAUGGACCUCCCGGCCACGAUCGAUUACAUAUUGCGCUACACGGGUUCCAAUCAAAUCAAUUACGUCGGUUUCUCGCAAGGCGCCAGGAUCUUUUACAUCAUGUGUUCCGAAACGUCGGGGAAUUGCGAAAAAGUUAAAGUUUUCAUUAAUCUAGCGCCAGCGUGUAGAACAUUUUAUUCUAGAUCGAUAUCUGUUCGAGCGCUUACGCAGUUUUAUGCGUCAAUCGACGUCGCGAUCUAUCUUACC